ACCAGAGUCAAGUACAAAUGACUAAACCAGUCAUCAUUGAUAAUGGCGACUAUUCGCACAGUUCUUCUCCUUUUAGAACUUUUUACGGUUUGUUAUUGUUUAAAAAGACGCAGUUUGGGUGGAGAAUGGAUUGUAAGAGAAGCCACAGGAAAAUACGACAAUUUAAAAGCCACCGUUCCGGGAGGCAUUUACACAGAUUUGAUGAAUAAUAAAAUUAUAGGUGAUGUUUUUUAUGGAAAUAAUGACACUGAAACUAGAUGGGUAGCGCAGAGCGAUUGGAUUUACACAAGUCAAUUCUUAGUGGAUGAGUCGUUUCUGAACCACAAGAGUAUAAAUUUGGUCUUUGAAGGUUUAGAUACUUUUGCAACUGUGUUAAUCAACAACGUCGAAGUGGGUUCAAGCGAGAACAUGUUCGUGCGGUACAUUUUCGACAUUAAAAAUAAUCUCGAGCCAGGAAAUAACACAAUCGAAGUACAGUUUUCAUCUCCGAUUAAGACAGCUCAAAGUUUAAUUCUGAAACAAGGCUACACAGUGCCCCCAAAUUGCCCUCCCGACAAUUACCGGGGAGAAUGCCACGUAAAUCAAAUCCGAAAAAUGCAAGCGUCAUUUGCGUGGGACUGGGGACCCGCGUUGCCUUCCAUGGGCAUCUGGAAAGAGGUGUUUUUGCAAGCUUACAACUCCUCAGUCAUUCGUUAUGUCAUGGUUGACCCCAAAGACGCCCCAAACGAUUCGUGGUUGAUCACAGUCUCGACUUACCUGAGCGCGGAAAUUGGGGAAACAAUCCAAGGGAAACUCUCAUACAGUCUUGAGACCGACGUCAGUCUCAUCCAACAAAUUGUGGACGUCAAUCGCACAAACACCGACAACGAGAAUGAACUAUUAGUUGAUUAUUCUUUCACGAUUCCGAAAAUAACUGUGCGUAAGUGGUGGCCGAACGGCUACGGCGCGCAAAAACUGUACAACUUCACAGCCAAAUGGCAAAGCGGCUCCGAAAUUGACUCCAAAACGGUCAAAAUCGGGUUCAGGACCAUCGAACUGGUGCAGGAACCCAUCGGCCCGAACCCCCGCACAUUUUUCCAGCGCAAACUGGCAGGCUCUGGCUUGAGUUUUUACUUCAGAGUCAACGGUUUGCCGAUGUUUGCCAAAGGCUCGAAUGAGAUCCCCCUUGACAUCCUCCCCGAAAGGGGACAAAAUCCCCAAACGGUUGACCGGAUUUUGCAAAGCGCCUACUCCGCUCACAUGAACAUGUUGCGGGUUUGGGGAGGCGGCGUCUACGAAUCGGACUAUUUCUACCAAAGGGCGGACGAACUGGGGAUUUUGAUUUGGCAGGACUUCAUGUUCGCCUGCGCUAUGUAUCCCACGUACCCGGAAUAUUUAGACAAUGUUAAGGCAGAAGUUCGGCAUCAGGUCCGGCGGUUGAACGGCCACCCAAGCGUGGCCCUUUGGGCCGCCAACAACGAAAACGAACUUGCGCUAAUGACCAAUUGGUACGGAACGUCCAAUGAUUUCGAUUUGUACAAAGGCGAUUACGUCAAGUUGUACAUCGAUACGGUACGAUCAGAACUGUUCAAAUACGCCAAGGAUGUGAUUUUUGUCUCGUCGAGUCCCAGCAAUGGGAAGAAAACUGUUCAGGAAAAUUAUCUAUCGAGCGAUCCAGGGAACCCCCUUUUCGGAGAUGUUCACUAUUACAAUUAUCUGGUCAAUAGUUUGGACGCGAGAGCUUAUCCGAUCCCAAGAUUUGCGUCAGAGUACGGUUACCAGUCGCUCCCAGACUUCGACACUUGGCUAACAGCCACCGAUAAUGCGAAAGAUUUAUACCCAAAUAGUUCCUUCAUGGACCACCGACAACACCACCCGUUUGGACUAAUCGAAAACAAUCUUUUGAUGAUGUACCAGUUAAAUUUCAACGACACAAGUGAUAAUUUCUACAAAACUUAUAUGUACUACACGCAGAUUAUCCAAGCAAUGUCCAUAAAAUUCGAGACUGAGUAUUAUCGCAGUUUCAUGGGACGUGUCGACAGUUCUGGGCGUGGGAACACCAUGGGUGCCCUUUUCUGGCAAUUGAAUGAUGUCUGGGUCGCCCCAACGUGGGCCGGAAUCGACUAUACAGGAAAAUGGAAAAUGUUGCAAUACUUCGCCAAGGAAUUUUUUGCCCCCACUAUCAUAACGGCUUAUUUAGACAUUGCAAGGCAGCUUCACAUUUACGCAAUGACCGAAAUUGCGUCAAUUUUCGGCUCCAGGUUGAAUGUUUCCGCAGUGAUUGACGUGUACAAGUGGACUUCGUUUUCGCCGAUCAAUUCUACCGUUCUGGACGUGUCUUUGGAAUACGGAAAAGCGCUCCAAAUCGCAGUGGUGGACACCGACAACUACCUCAAUAGCAUAGGCUGUGGCUCGCUGCCAACAGCAAGGAACCAGUGUUUCUUUUACCUGUCCCUUAUUUCGGGAAAUUCGGUUAUAGCGCCCCACAAUUUGAUCCUAGCAGCGCCUUUGAAGCACUCAAACCUUGCGAAGACCCAAGUCAGCAUUACUUCAGUGAUUCAGGUUGACGAUAAGGGGGUGAAAUUUGAAAUCACACUGACUGCUGACGGGAUCAGUCUUUUCGUUUGGUUGGACUCGCACCGAGUUCGGGGCCAGUUCAGCGAGAAUGGUUUUGCGCAAGUGGUUCCAACCAAAGCUGUUACCUUCCAAAGUGAGACUAUAACGUCUGUUGCCACCUUAGAAAAUGUGAUCACUGUGAACCACUUGAACAACCGACAAUAUCAAUAAACAAAUCUUAAAUAA